AUGCGGGCGGGCGGCGGGGCGGCCUCGCGGGCGCUGGCGCUGGCGCUGCUGCUCCGCCGCUGCUGCCUCCUGCUCGGCCCGCUGGGGCUGCGCCCGGCCGCCGCACAGGACGGGAAUGGCUGUGGCCACACACUGCUGGCACCCCACAGUGGCACCCUGAGCUCCAAGAACUACCCGGGCACGUACCCCAACCACACCAUGUGCCGCUGGCGGCUCCAGGCGCCCCUGGGCACCUCCCUGCUCCUGGCGUUCGGGGACGUGGAUCUGGAACCCUCGGAGCACUGUGCCCACAGCUCCCUGCUGCUCUCGGACCCCCAGGCUGGCACUGCCUACGGGCCCUACUGCAGGAACUCCGUCCCCUCUGCCCCGCUCCUGGUGACAAACUCCAGCUCUGUGACCGUCCUGUUCAACAGCACCAGCCACCGCUCGGGGCGAGGCCUCCUCCUGUCCUAUGCCACCUCUCAGCACCCAGACCUGGUCUCCUGCCUGGUUCGAGGCACCCACUACACCCAGGAGCACAUCAGCGUGUACUGCCCUGCGGGCUGCAAGGACAUCCAUGGGGACAUCUGGGGCAACCCCAGCCAGGGCUACCGGGAUACCUCGGUGCUGUGCAAGGCUGCCGUGCACGCCGGGGUGAUCGCGGACGAGCUGGGCGGGCAGGUCACGCUGUCCCGGGAGAAGGGGAUCACGCUCUAUGAGUCAGCCUUUGCCAACGGGCUCCACUCCAAAAGGGGAUCCCUCUCCGAGAAGCGACUCAUAUUCCACAAAGCCUGUGACGAUGCGCUGGAGGUGGCCGCCUUCAACGCCUCAUCCUGGUGGCACGAGGUGGAUGUGCUGGGCCAGGUCAGGGCCUGGGUGGCCGAACGGGCAGCACUUGGCACCGCCGGCCACUCCUGGGCAGCCGAAACCAGCGCCGAGACCGCCUGGCUGGAGCUGGACCUGGGCACCCGCAGGAAUGUCACAGGCAUCAUCACAAAGGGCUCCUCCGAGCACCACGACUACUACGUGAUGUCCUACCGGGUCUCCUCCAGCCGCGACGGGAAGAACUGGAAACCCUACAGGGGCAGUGCCAGCCAGGAGGACAAGGUCUUUGAAGGAAAUGCUGACAGCCACGGGGAGGUCUCCAACGCCUUCAUCCCCCCCAUCGUUGCCCGCUACGUCCGUGUCACACCCCAGAGGUGGCACCAGCGCGUGGCCCUCAAGGUGGCCCUGGUGGGCUGCCCCCUGGCGCGGGUCCGCGCACCCCGGCCCUAUGUGCCCAGUGUCCCCAGGGAGGUCCCUGUGCCCACCAGCCGCCUGUCCACCCACACCCCCAUCCCUGGCAUUGCCCUGGACCCGGAGAAGGCAGGCUCCACGCUGCUGGUGAUGCUGCUCAUUGGUGGCUUCGUGCUCCUCUGCUCCGUCCUCCUGCUCCUGGCUUUCCUCUGCCAUAGGAAAAGGAAAUCAGCAGCAGAGCUGAACUGUGGGAUCACAAAAGGGUACCCCAAGCUGGAGUCAAGCCAGGUGUGCUCCCUGCAGAGCUUGCAGCCCCCCAGCCUGGCCUCCUUCCCCACGGCACCUGCACCAGGAGACCUCAGCCGGACCCACUCCCCAGAGUACGCCGAGCCAGAUCUGGUGCAGGUGAGCCCCAGCAGCCAGACGGGUCCCUCCACCUUCAAGCCGCUCCUGGACGAGGGCUACACGCUGCCGCUGGUCCUGAGCCACUACGACGUGCCGGGGAAGCACCACGAGUACGCGGAGCCGCUGCCCCCGGAGCCCGAGUACGCCACACCCUUCAGCGAGCCCGAGCCCCCCGGGAUGCGCCGCAGCCCCUGCGGCAUCGCGGGGCCCCCCGGGUGCCCCCCGGUGCGGUACCGGACCCCCGCCCCACGGCCCGGGGAGCAGCGGACUGGCAGCCCCGGCCCCGAGGGGUCCCGCGGGGACUGUCCCCUCGCACACGUGUAUCACGAAGCCUUGUGAGGAGGGGGGAGCACGGUACCGGGAGGGGAGGAGGAUGUGCGGGGGGAGGGAGCUUCCCCGCGGUCCCCGGGGGGCUUUUUUAAAAAUAAUCCUAUUUAAAUAUAUAUAUUAUAUAUAUUUAUAUAGAUAGAUGUAUGUAUGUGCUCCUCCCACUGGUCCCGGGUGUCACAGCGAUCAUCCU